UGCUGACAAAGCUGUAAAAUGUCUGAAUGUCUGCAGAACUUUGCUCUGGUGUGAACUUUACAAGAGGAGACAGAAAGAGACUGUUGGAUUAAGUCUGAAGUCAGGAUCUUGAAGUUUCAGCAUGAUGAGUCGUCUGCAGAGCUUCAUAGAAGGUGAAGCUCCUGACUCUCAGCAUGGAAAUUCAAGCAGAGGGUCAAAGGUCACCACAGAGAGAGUGGCACUGCUGGUUCUCUGUAUCCUGCUGUCAGCUGCUCUCAUCGUUAUUCAUCGUCUCUCGUUUGACAAAAUUAGAACGAACAAAGAGCUCGAAAACCUGAAACAUCACAAAAUGAAGUGUGAAAGUAAUCUGACAGAGACUCUCUCUAAGAUGAAACCAUGCAGCACGGUGCAGCCGACCUGUCCAGGACCUAAAGUAAUAAAUGAUCCUUGUUAUAAAUGUGAAGCAGGCUGGGAGCUACAUGGAGGAAAGUGCUAUUACUUCUCCAUCAGUAAAUCAUCCUGGAAACAGAGCAGAGAUGAGUGUAGAGCUAAAGGAGGAGACCUGGUUAAGAUAGACAGCAGAGAGGAGCAGACUUUCCUGCAGAGAAGACUGAGAGAUGUAAUGACUGAAGCUGAGGACAAGUUCUGGAUCGGACUGACAGACUCAGCAGUAGAGGGCAGAUGGGUGUGGGCGGACAGAUCACCACUGAAUCAAAGCUUGAAGUUUUGGUGGGGCAAUGAGCCGGACAAUUGGAAAGGGCACAAUGGCGAACAUCCUGGUGGAGAGGACUGUGCGAGGAUGGGAGAGAAAGGUGGAGCUAAAGAUCUGAAGUGUUGGUUUGAUGCAUUUUGCUCAAAUCCUCACAGAAGUAUUUGUGAGAAAGCAUUAGUAAGGGGAAAGUUUAAGAAAGUAUGUAACUGAAAUUCAUUAAAGUCUA